AUGAUGCAGCCUGUAGUAGCAGGAUUCGUCGGAUUCGCAGUGGCUCCAGGAUGGCCGGCGUGGCCAAAACCCCCAGUCUUUGCUGCUUACUCUUCUGGCGCUUCGUCAACAACGGCAUCAACGGCCAACACGCCUCCAGCCUCGCCGACGGCAGUUCGCCUGGAGGUCCUUCGCAAAGCAAACGAGAGUGCCGGUUGCCGCGAGCUGCAGAAGCUCCUCCAAUUCGGCACGUGGGAGGAGCAGGAAGAAAUCCUGUCACAGCUUGUUGGAAACGUGGCCGACGUUGCGCAAUCCCCGCAUGGAAACUUUGUGCUGCAGCAUGCGAUCCGCGUGCUGAGCUCCGAGCGCUUGGUUUUCGUGAGUCAGGAGCUUCGCAGCUGGCGCAGCCCAAAGGAGAUUGCCAAGCACAAGUACGCAUGCCGCGUCUUGGAAAGAAUGAUCGAGUUCUUUCCCCUUGAGCACACUUUCUAUUUCAUGAAGGAAAUUGUCCGCCACACGGUCGAGCUGUCAUCUCAUGCCAUCGGAAACUAUUCUGUGCAGCACUGCAUGGAGUAUGGAAAUGUCAGCUGCCGCCGCGAGAUUGCCACUGUCGUGUUGAACCACAUCCACGAGUUCGCAGUGGAUCCCUAUGGCUGCGGAGUUCUCAACAAGGCGCUCAUCCACGCACCGCAGUGGGAGCAGCUUCUGAUGGCAUCGGCCCUGGCUGGAGACGACCGCGUCUUCCGCCAAAUGGCCGCCAUGCAAAAGGGCUUUGCUGCCACGCAGAGCCUUUUCCAAGUUGCGCAGCUCUAUCCGUUCUUGAACAAGCGCGUGCGGUACCUCCUGCAGAAAAACCUCGACAUCUCCCAGACGAAGCAUGGCCAAGCGCUGCUGCACACAUUGCUCCCGGAGCUGGGAGCCAUCAGAGCGACAGGCGCAAACUGGCAGAGCAGCGAGAAGCCACAAAAGUCCAAGCAGAAGAAGCACGGCAACCAUGCCAAGUGCGGCAACAACCGCUCCAACCGUCAGCAAGGCUACAAUGGGUACAACCGUGGCUGGAAUCACUGA